AUGAAGACAACAAAUACAAUUCCUAUAAAAGUACCACAUAUCUCAGCAUCAAAACGUGGCCGUCAAACAAAUCAAUUACAAUUCAUGUCAAAAGUUUUAUUUAAAACUUUAUGGAAACAUGAAUUUUCUUGGCCAUUUAAAAAACCAGUUAAUGCUAAUAAAUUACAUUUACCUGAUUAUCAUAAAAUCGUCAAAUAUCCAAUGGAUCUUGGUACAAUUAAAAAACGUCUCGAAUCUAAUUAUUAUUAUAGUGCUAAAGAAUGUAUAACAGAUUUAAAUAUGAUGUUUACUGAUUGUUAUUUAUAUAAUAAACCAGGCGAAGAUGUUGUAAUUAUGGGUGCAACACUUGAAAAAGCUUUUUAUGAAAAAUUAGCUGAAAUGCCGUCAGAUGAAAUUGAAAUUGUACCUCAUGCAUCGAAAACAACAGCUUCAAAAGGUCUUGGACAAGGAAAUUUAUCAGUAUCAAUUAUUUCACCAUCAACACCAAGUGAAAAUUUAAAUUCUCCAUGUAUGUAGAAUAUAAGUUAGAAAAAAUUUCGAAAUAGAAAUUUAUUUUGUAAUUACAUCAUUUAUAGGAAAUACAUUUGUAUUCUAUUUCAUAGAUAAGCAAAAGAAAAACAAAAAUUAUUUACAUAUUUGUUAACGAAAAUUUUUUUUUUUUUUUCUUUUUUCAUAAGUUAUAAUCAUUAAUAGAUUUAGUAUAAUUAAAAUAUGAUUACACUGAAUAAGGUUAUGACUUGUGACAAAUGAUUAUGAAUAGAUUUAUUGAAACGUGUUGUGUUAAAAUAACCUUUUGGAAAGUAAAUUUAAUUUCGAAGGUAUUAUGAGAACAGAUUGAUAAUUUCAAAUUAGGAAAUAUUAUAAUUUUUUUUUGUUUUUUCGAUAUUUGGUUUUUCAUUGAGAAUGCAAAUUCAGAAAGGAGAGAAUUUCUUAAGAACAGUUCGAACAAAAGUUGUCAUAGGUACAAAAUUCCCAAAUGCUUGCUUCUAUAAAAAUAACUUGAAGCUUCACCUGAAAAUUUUCUUUGAAAAAUAUUGUUGUUUUUUGCUUAGAGCAGAUUUUGUAAGAUUUGCUGAAUAUUAUUUUAAGAAAAAAAAAUAUGCAGAUACAAUCCGAUUUGAUUCUAGUUGCUACACAAAACAAAAAUUCUGUCAAAGUAUCUGAAAAAAAAACUUUAAAAAUUAAUGAGUUUUUUAACUUUUAAAAACAAUUUUUGAAUAUUCAGUAGGGUAGAUACUACUUCAGACUAUACAAUAGGGAGCUCUUCUUAUUGUUUUAUCGUUUCUAGUUCUCGAAGAAAGUACAAAUUGAGAUUAAAAUUAUUUUCAAGAGAGUUUUUGGUAUGUCGAAAAAAAUAAAGUUUUAUGGAAAUGACAAUGUACGCGGAUGUAGCUUUUAGUAAAAAUUUCAGUUUGAUUGGUUAUACGAUCUUCAAAAACCCAGAAAUGGUUGAAGAAAUUUUCUAUAUAUAUUAAUUGUAAAAAUAGUAUUUUAUAUUUGUUCAAUUAACAUUCAUAAUAAUAAAAUUUCGAUAAGAAUACAUACCUGAUAAUUGGAAUUUUUUAAAUACAAUUCAAUGCAUCUUCUUUCUAAAGGUGUAAAAGUCGUGACUUACUAUCUUUUGUAAAAAAAAGAUGCUUAAAUAUUAUCAUAACAAACAGUUCUUAUCAAAAUUUUCCUCGACCUUUCUUUACAAUAUUGAAGUACCUUUGUCACUAGUUUUUAUAAGUAAUUAAAUAUGUCGUUUUUUUUUUGUCUAGAAGGGUAGAAAAUUGACGAUAUAAUUAUCAAAAACAAAAGUCAAUCAUAGUUCAUUUGGCAAUUGAGGAGGAUCGUUAAGCUAUGCAAUAUUUCUCUGAACAUUUUUGUAUGAAAACUCUUUCUUUUAGAUGAUAUAAUUCGCUGAAUAUACUAGUCUGUGUCAUAAAAUUCUGGGAUAAUUUUUAUUUUCAUCCAAAAAUUCAGCUGUAGUCUUCCCCUCGAGAUUCACUGUGGGAAAAGCCAAACUGUUUUUAUUUUUCGAUGUUCCUGAUUCCAAAGCUCGCCAAAAGGGAAACUAUGUUAUCUAAUAGACAGGAUUAUCAGGAAUGAAGGACGACGAUUCAGAAGUCUAAUUCGAAUAGCUAUUGAU